AUGGAUAGACUUAAUCAAUUGGCUGGCCAACUUUCUCCUUCCGCAAAGAACUCCAUCACUUCGAAGAACCCAGACGAUGUUGUCAUAAUUGCCGCAUACAGAACCGCUUUAACCAAGGGUGGUAAGGGUGGUUUCAAGGAUGUUGGAUCCGAUUGGAUCUUGACCAAGUUUUUGGAACAAUUCAUUGCCAAGUCUGGUGUUGAUCCUAAGCUCAUUGAAGACGUUGCCGUUGGUAACGUUUUAAACAGAGCUGCCGGUGCCUCUGAACAUCGUGGUGCUUGUCUUGCAGCAGGUCUCCCAGACUCAUCUGCCUUCAUUGCUGUCAACAGACAAUGUUCUUCCGGUUUAAUGGCCAUUCAAGACAUUGCCAACAAAAUCAAGGUUGGUGAAAUCGACUGUGGUAUUGGUGCCGGUGUUGAAUCUAUGAGUGCUAACUACGGUCCUCAAUCCAUCCCAAAAGUCACUGAACAAUUGCAAGAAAACGAACAAAUGGCCAAGUGUUUGAUCCCUAUGGGUAUUACCAACGAAAACGUUGCUGCUAAAUAUAACAUGAAGAGACCAGCUCAAGAUGAAUUUGCUGCCAAGUCUUACAACAAGGCUGAAAAGGCUGUUUCCAGUGGUGCUUUCAAAGACGAAAUCUUACCAAUUGAAUCCCAACUUGCUGAAGAGGAUGAUGACGACAAUGUUACCUGGAAGAAGAUCACUGUUGACACCGAUGAAGGUCCAAGAAAGGGUGUUACCGCUGAAUCUUUAGGAAAAAUUCGUCCUGCUUUCAAGAAGGACGGUGUUACAUCAGCUGGUAACGCUUCUCAAGUCUCUGAUGGUGCUGCCGCCGUCUUAUUGACCAGAAGAUCUUUUGCUGAAAAGCACGGUCUCAAGAUUGUUGGUAAGUACGUUAACACCGUUUCCGUAGGUGUUCCACCUGAAAUUAUGGGUGUUGGUCCAGCUAUUGCCAUUCCACACCUUUUAAAGAAGACCGGUAUCACUGUUGAUGAUGUCUCCGUCUUCGAAGUGAACGAAGCUUUCGCUGCUCAAUGUUUAUAUUCUGCUGAAGCAUGUAAGAUUCCUCAAGAAAAAUUAAACUUAAAUGGUGGUGCUAUCGCCCUUGGUCACCCAUUAGGUGCCACUGGUGCUAGACAGUAUGCUACCAUCUUGAGAUUAUUGAAGGCAGGUGAAAUCGGUUUAACCUCCAUGUGUAUCGGUACUGGUAUGGGUGCCGCUUCUCUUGUCGUCAAGGAAUAG